GUUGUGCCCUGCCUGCGUGCGUGUGUAGCUGUGUGGCAGCGGAGACAGAGACACUCGGCCGCCGGGUGCCCGCCGUCCCGUCCGUGGCGUGGGGGCUGGUUGGUGUCCGCUUUCUUGGCUCCUCGAACACUUCCCCACACAUGCUAAUUGAGUCAUUUGUCUCUCGUUUCAAGGACAUAAGCGGACAUGGGACGCUCUCGGUUAUAGAGGUACUACUGUUGAGGAGUUAAGUGCACGCAGGUUGUUGUGGGUUCCGCUCCAGAUCCGAGGACCGGCGGCUCGCGCAGCUCUUUUAAGAUCGAGACGGAUCUCCGACCAGAGAGAGCAGCGAAUCCAGACGUGCCGCGGGAACCUGGCUGGUCCACGGAACCCGCCGACGAUGAAGGCGGACAGAGAAACCGCUCCGAGGGGAACAGAGGACGAUCGCGCUCUGGUUUCCGUGCACCGUGCCUCCUCUUGCACAGAUGCUUCCGAGGAGUACUUUGAAUAUGAUGCCGAGGAAUUCUUGGUCUUCCUCACUUUGCUGAUCACGGAAGGCCGCACUCCAGAAUGUUCCAUCAAGGGCCGCACGGAGGGGCCCCACUGCCCUCCAGCGCAGCCUGUGUCCUCCAAACAUGAGUGCAAUGAGAAGCUGCCACAGUGUCAGCAAGCCAAGAGAACACGCUCUGAGGUGAUGGUCCUGUGGAGGGACAGUGUUCCCAUAAAGAUUGAGGUGAUGCUGCUUCCUGACUGUUGCUAUAGUGAAGAGGGUCCUGGCAACGACCUGGAGGACCCCGCCAUCCAGCAGGACGCAGUACUGCUGGAGCGAUGGAUCCUGCAACCGGUUCCUAGACAAAGCGGAGAUCGCUUCAUUGAGGAGAAGACUCUGCUGCUGGCAAUACGCUCCUAUGUGUUCUUCUCUCAGCUAAGCGCCUGGCUGAGUGCUUCACGUGGCAUUGUCCCCAGGAAUAUCUUAUACAGGAUCAGCGCAGCGGACAAGGGGUUGCUGUGGGGCUUCUCCCAGCCACCGGCUGAGCACGCUUUCCCGGUGCCCAAUGUCUCGCACAGCGUGGCCCUCAAAGUACACGUCCAAUCCUUGCCACGGCAACCUCACUAUCCCGUGUUGACUUGCAGCAUACAUACCAGCCUGGCCUUCCAGAAGGAGAAACCUGACUGUGAUUCUUCCUACAGAAAACAAGGACAACUCCUUAGCUCUCCACCUUCAGUCUGCCUGAACUCCACCACUACCCCUGGCAAAUUCCCACCCCUAGAGUCCUCCCCCUCUGGCAAAGCAACCAGAUUGCUCCAUUCUACUCUUAGUGACUCCCCUGGUGUCAGUGCUCUUCUGCAUCCUGGAGUGAAAACUGAUGAUGCCGAAGACUCCAAGACUCCUGAAGUACUUGUUAGCGCUUUAAAAUCAAUCUCCCCAGUGAAUCCACCAACACCUGGCUCAAGCUCCAGACCACAGCUUCCUGAUGAAUCAAGCUCCUUGAUUGGCACCUUGCUCCAGGAGAGGCAGGAGGUCAUCGCCCGAAUUGCCCAGAAUUUAAAUUACUAUGACUUUACUGGACCUAUCAUCCCAGAUGGCGUUUUGAGAUGUAAUGAGGCACAGAGCCUCAAAUCGCUGCUUCUUGCUUCUUACCUCUUAGCACUGCAGGAUGGUGCUGCACAGGAUGGGGCGUGUGAGAGGAGGAGCUGGCCUUUGCCCUGUGACAUGCCGUGCGAUUCAUGUAGCAGAGCCAAACUGGACACUGAACCAAAACCCUCCCCCAGGCCGCUUGCCUGUAGGAAGCUGCUCCUGCAGCACCCUGCAGACAGAUCUGGGCUCUUAGAAGAGGCGGGGCAAGACUUCUCCCAGCAAACGCUGGGCUCUCUGCAAGAGUGCCAGAGCAGUUGUGCUGAGUUCCAGCACUGUGCACACCGCACCUGCGAAAAUAAAACGGGCGGAGUGAGCGGUCGUCAAGGCAGCGUCCAUGCAGACAAAGUGCCGAGCUCAUCGUCCCCUGUAGAGUCCCUCAUCCCUUUGGGCGCUGUGUCACCCCUCCCCACAGAUUCGAGAAGCAGCGUGGUAAAUAGCAACUUUCAUAAAGAUUGUUCCUCCAGACCUCAGAAUGUAGCCUGUUUUAAACUUGAAAAUCCUCCAGCAGAGGCUGUUCCAAACCUUUUACAAUCCCUUAGUUUACAAACAGCCACACAGGGCUCCCAGGAGUCCCCCAGCAUCGAGCCCAAUUCCCAGAGUCCUGGCAGCUCACAGGGGUGUCAGAACAAUGCCAAUACAGCAAAGAAGUGCUCCCAAUACCAAGAGGUUAGUGUCCCCGAAGCACAGAUUAAGGGAAUCCCACAGUCCCACUUCAGUGGACAAAAUGAGAAUCGGGACCCUAGCAGCCUUAUCCAGAUGGUCCAUGACCAGCACCAGCGAGUCGGGCCUGAUCCAGCACAGAAUGGACUUGUCACGUCUCCCCUGAAGCCAUGCAAUAUCUGGAACACGCAGAACCGCCGCUCCUUAGACGGCACAGCAACCAAAGCCUUCCACCAGCGCACUGGGCUACCGCUGCUAUCGAGCCCGGUUCCACAGAGGAGAAGUCAGACUGGGUACUUUGAGCUGGACACUUCUCUGACUCAUAGCAGAGGGAUGCCGUGGCCUGGUAACAGAAGAGCAUCUUUGAAAAGAGAGGACAAGGUCUCAGAAAUGGACCAGCAGGUGCUGAGCACCAGCGCCCCACCAGCAAGCCUCAGCCUUCUCGGAAACUUUGAGGAGUGUGUGUUGAACUACCGCCUGGAACCCCUGGGUACGGUGGAAGGCUUCAGGGCUGAGGUGGGAGCCAGCGGAACAUUUUGCCCUGGUCACAUGACCCUGCCCGUUGACGUGUCCUUCUACAGCGUCUCCGAUGACAAUGCACCUUCCCCAUACAUGGGAGUUAUAAAUUUGGAGUCCCUCGGUAAACGGGGUUAUCGAAUACCUCCUUCAGGAACAAUCCAAGUGACCUUAUUCAACCCAAACAAGACAGUAGUGAAGAUGUUUGUGGUGAUGUAUGAUCUGAGGAAGAUGCCAGCCGGUCACCAGACGUUCUUGAGACAAAGGACCUUCUCGGUUCCCGUGAAGCAGGGAGUGUGUGAACGUGCUGGCAUUAAGCCCCUCCCCUUUCCCCUCAGCCAAGAAAGGACAUUGCGGUACCUUAUUCACUUGAGGUUCCAGAGCUCCAAGUCUGGAAAGAUCUACCUCUACAGAGACAUCCGGCUACUGUUUUCCCGCAAAUCCAUGGAAGUGGACAGUGGUGCUGCCUAUGAGCUUAAGUCCUUCACUCAGUCUCCCGCCCCACCUUUUUCCCCGCGAUGUUAGGCUCAUUAUGGGAUUUUUAAAGCCCAGAACAAAAUCAAAGAUCUUUGACCCUCUGUCUAAUGAGAAAACAAGAGUCUGCAUUUGGGCACAACUAAUUCCUCUCAAACACGGAGUGCGUUCCUCAUUAGAAUAUGAAUCCGUGUUUUUUGUUCUAUACCUUUUUAAUUUGAUGGUAUUGCUCUAUAGCAACGUGAGUAAACACAUCAGACUGCGGACCACUUUGAAAAAGUAACCUAACAACAUUAAAAACAAAACAUUGUGUGCACUGUGUAUUUCCACAAUAACUGGAAAAUAAUUCUUACAAAUAUGCUUUUUUGUACUGUUACAAAACCCACUUUAUUUGAGGUGUUGCAAUGGAAAAUAACCUUACCUGCUCAGUGUUUACAUGUUUUGUGAUAUUUAUUAUUUAUAAUUUGAUAUUCAGUAUAGCUCACAUUUAGUCUGCCUUGGUAAGCAAAAUUUUCUGUUUAUAUGUAAAUCAUACAAUGUAUUUUUUGACAGUAUUCAAAUCUGAACUAUAUAUGAAACAAUAAAUUU